AGAGGGGGUCGGAGGUUAGUAGUAAAGGAGAGGCGUGGGGGCGGGACUAGAGGAGUUUCCGGGGCGGAGUCCCACGGUACAUCCAGGCCUGGUUUAUCUUCUUCCCGGGACUAGUCCACAGUUUUGUGUGUGAGCAAGAUGGAGGCUGACCCUUCUGGCUUUAACAUCGAUGCCCCCCGUUGGGACCAGUGCACUUUCCUGGGGCGGGUGAAGCACUUCUUCAAUAUCACGGACCCCCGCACUGUUCUGGUACCAGAGCGGGAGCUGGACUGGGCCAAGGUGAUGGUGGAGAAGAGCAGGAUGGGGGUUGUGCCCCCAGGCACCCAAGUAGAGCAGCUGCUGUAUGCCAAGAAGCUGUAUGACUCGGCUUUCCACCCUGACACUGGGGAGAAGAUGAAUAUCAUUGGACGGAUGUCCUUCCAGGUUCCCGGCGGCAUGAUCAUCACAGGCUUCAUGCUCCAGUUCUACAGGACGAUGCCGGCAGUCAUCUUCUGGCAGUGGGUGAACCAGUCCUUCAAUGCCUUAGUCAACUACACCAACAGGAAUGCGGCUUCCCCCACGUCAGUCAGGCAGAUGGCCGUUUCCUACAUCACAGCCACAACCACUGCGGUGGCUACUGCUGUGGGCAUGAACAUGUUGACAAAGAAAGCUCCACCCUUGGUGGGCCGCUGGGUGCCCUUUGCUGCUGUGGCUGCUGCUAACUGUGUCAACAUCCCAAUGAUGCGACAGCAGGAACUCAUCCAGGGCAUCUGUGUGAAGGACAAGAAUCACAACGAGAUUGGUCAUUCCCGGAGAGCUGCAGCCAUAGGCAUUACCCAAGUGGUCAUUUCUCGGAUCACCAUGGCAGCCCCUGGCAUGAUCUUACUGCCGGUCAUCAUGGAACGGCUGGAGAAACUGCGCUUCAUGCAGAAAGUCAAGGUCCUGCAUGCGCCAUUGCAGGUUAUGCUGUGUGGGUGCUUCCUCAUCUUCAUGGUGCCAGUCGCAUGUGGGCUGUUCCCACAGGAAUGUGAACUGCCAGUUUCGUUUCUGGAACCGGAGCUCCAAGACACCAUCAAGGCCAAGUAUGGAAAACUUGUGCCUUACGUCUACUUCAAUAAGGGUCUCUAAAUUCCCCACCCCAGCCCUGGCCGGUUUGCCUCAGUGGUUGGAGCGUCAGCCUGCAGACCAGA